AUGGCAGACCCCGCCAUCGCCGCCCUCAACUCGUUGCUGCGCGGCGCCAGCAUAGAGGACCACGAUGAAGCUCUCAAGCUCGCCAAUGCCGCCAUCAAGGCCUUCAAGGGCAGCGCUUCCGAUCUAGCUACCGCCCGCCACACGCGGGUAGUCGCGCUGCUAAAGCUCGACCGCUUCGACGAUGCGCUGCGAGCCAUCGCCGACGGCGGCCCGGGCCUCGAAAAGACUUGCGCUCUCGAGAAGGCAUACGCGCUCUACAAGACUGGACAACUAGCUGCCGCCGAGGCCGUAUUGCAGGCCGCCGGCCACACAGAUCGGGGCCUACAGCACGUCACGGGCCAGGUGGCCUACCGCGCCGAGAAGUUUGAACAUGCUGCCGCCAUCUACCGAGAGCUUGCCGACACCGAGGAUGGCGCAAGGGCUGGCGAAGAGAAUGACCUGCGCAUCAACCUCCUGGCCACAAACGCCCAGCUCGAGUGGAAUGGCAAGGGCUGGGCCGUACCCGAGGCCCAGAAGCAGCCGGGCCGGGAGGAGCUGGAGGCCUUCGAGACGGCUUACAAUGCUGCCUGCGGCUGCAUCGCGAGGGCAGACUUUGCCAAGGCCGCCGUCUUUCUCAAGAGGGCGAGGGACCUGUGCGAGGCGUCCGAGGACCUGGACGACGACGAGAAGAAGGCCGAGCUCGUCCCCAUAAUCCUGCAGCAGGCCUAUGUCUUUACGAGGCUAGGGAAGCUUGAUCAGGCUGCGAGCUUACAAAAGUCCAUAUUGCUCUCCGAUGUACCCGACGCGUCAACUAAGGCCGUUGCCCAGUGCAACAUGCUCGUCCUUCAAUCCGAAACAAACCCGUACAUGGCCCAGCGGCUUUCACAGGCGAUUCCGCAUGGCGCGGGCAACGACCGUCUUUUUGAGUACCAGAGCUCCAUCCUCCGGCGGAACCGCUAUAUUGCCGACCUUCAGGCACAAAAGUUUCCUGGAGUUGCGAAGUUGACAGCCAAUAUCCUCUCCAAGGACGCCGUGCCAGCCAUAUCACGCGCCACAUGUGAUCUCGGCGUGCUCAACGCCGCAGCUACCAGCGAAUUGAAGACUGGCAAAGAAGCCCUGCACAGAAUCCUCCCGCUACUGGACUCUCGGCCGCAUGACGUUGGCCUGCUCCUCACAAUAAUACAGCUUUACGUCCAGCUUCAAAAACCCGGCCCCGCACUGACCUUGCUGGAGGCCUUCUUCAAACGGCUGGAGGCGGCUACCACGGCCGACUAUGCCGAUGUGCGUUUUGCGCCGGGUUUGGUUGCCCUUGCCGUGGCCCUGUACCGCCUGAACGGCCGCCACGCGGCGAUUCGAAGCGAGCUGGCCAAGGCUGCCACGCACUGGCAAAAGAAGAAGAAGGCGGCCGCCGGAAGUGGCGACUCUCUGAUACGCGAGGCCGGUGUAGAGCUUCUGCGCUCCCACCACCCCGCCGACUUGGCGGCCGCAGGCGAGGCUUUCUCCUACCUCGUGGCCGCGCAGCCAGACGACCGCAUCGCCAUCGCCGGGUUGGUCGCAAGCUUCGCGACGACCGAUUUCGCCAAGGUGCAGCCGCACCUGGACACCCUGCCGCCGGUCGAGAAGCUGACGGCCGGGGUGGACGUGGAUGCCCUGAUCGAAGCAGGCGUCGCCGUGCUCCCCGCUCCUCCUGUCCAGGCUAAGAAGCGGUCGCUUGAAGAGAGCGGCGGCGACAAGCGGCAGCAGCAGCCUGCGGCCAAGAAGCGCCGCACCCGCAAGCCCCCCAAGUCUUUCGAUCCCGACAAGAAGCCCGAUCCGGAGAGAUGGCUGCCGCUGCGUGACCGUAGCAGUUACCGGCCCAAGGGCAAGAAGGGCAAGAAGCGCGCGGCCGAGGCGACGCAGGGUGGCGUCGUGCGCGAAGAGGAAACUCUAGAGCUGGCGGGCGGCGCAGGGUCUGUCAAGGUGGAGAAAGCACCGGUAGGGGGUGGCGGUGGCGGUGCUAAGAAGAAGAAGAAGGGGAAGAAAUGA